AUUACAACCACAGGGUAUUUGAGUGGGAGAAAGGAACGUUCUAUCCAGGAAGAAAAGAGCAAGAGGGAAAGCGUGGGAGAAGAAAUACACAAGUUACUGGGAAGAAUUGAAUAGUAGCUAGUAGGUGCAAGGUACUUCCCAUAUAUCAUCCCACAAUACUAUAAGUCGUCCCUUCCCCUCCUCCCUCACCCCCAAGUCUUCCUCCCUGCGGCCCUCCCCCACCUCCAGUUGAUCAUGGCAUCAGAAGCAGGGAAAACGUUCCAGCGGUUUGCUGUCUUUGGAGAAUCAUCAAGCAGUGGCACUGAAAUGAACAAUAAGAACUUCUCCAAGCUAUGCAAAGACUGUGGCAUCAUGGAUGGCAAGAUAGUCACCUCCACUGAUGUGGACAUCGUAUUCAGCAAAGUCAAAGCCAAGAAUGCCCGAACCAUCACAUUUCAGCAGUUCCAGGAAGCAAUGAAGGAGCUGGGCCAGAAACGAUUCAAAGACAAGAAGCCAGAUGAAGCUCUGGAGAACAUUUAUAAACUCAUGGAAGGCAAGGAUCCAGCUACCACUGGUGUUACUGUUUCAAAUAGGGCCCUCCCACUUGGAGGGACCUUGCAUAUUGGGUCUGGGGUUGAAGUCCUCUGGCUGCCGCCUGGUCAAAAUAGCUCCUCUGGAAGCAGAAAACUCCACACACACCCCAUUCAUUCCCAGACACCAGACUCCUCCACCUUUGUGAGUGGAUGGCUCUUGCCACGUUCCUACCCAUGGCUGCAUCUGGGCCCUAAAGAAAGCAGCCCCAUGCCAACAGUAGAAUAGAGCACUGGGUCCUAGCAGAACCAAAGUCCAUCUUUAGAGAAGGGGUGUGA